UUGUUUCUUAGAAGUCUUUGUCAUUUGUGUCUUUGUCAUCUGCUGCAGCCAGAAACACGAUCCAUCACCAUCUCUCAGAUGUUUGCCAAAGCCACAAAAGCCUUCGUGAAGGACACAGAUCAUGAGGGACGCCUGAUCCCUGUGUCCAGUCUGAAUGACACAGACGAACUGAAUCUCCGAUCACUCAUUGUCAAGACCAGGCACAGAUGCUUCUGGCAGGAACCCAAAUACCAGUCCCCUGGCUUUACCCUCGGUGAUGUCCUGAAGCCUGGAGAGCCUGGAAACACACCUUUAAGCCCAACUGUCAAGGAGUCUGACUUUGUGGACUACAGUGGGACAUUUGGUGACAAGAAAGAAAUGAACGCAGAUGGGAACGUGGAGGCAAAGUUGGCUGAUUUCAACAUUACCGUGGGAGGGAAAUGGUCCACCAAACAGAAGCUGUCCCUUGGCAGCCUGAACAAAGAGAAGGUUGAUGUGAAGGACUUACACAACUACUCAAAAAACAGAGUUCUGGACAUGUCCCAUCCUGUGAUCAAGCAGACCCGUGUGAAUCCCAGAGCAGUGUUAGGCGUCUUGACGGAGAGGAUUAUGACGUCACUACCUUGUCCGGUCACAAACAAUGUCCGGAAGCGUGGCAAUGUAGGAGCCAACGUGAGCGCCUGUGUAUUCCUGAGCGGGAAGGCCUCUAUGAAGCAGAGCGGCAGUACUCAGACAGAUAGUGAUGUGUCACUGGGUAUUCCUGCAAAUACUGUCAUGGCCUACAGUCUGAUUGAACUCUACGUCAAAUGCAAUGGACAGUUUGAGCUGUGCCUCAUCUGCAACAAUGGGGGCUUUGAAAUAGAUAAGUCAAAGGAUGGGAUGGAAGUAGAUGGAAUUAUGGACCUGGGAGGCGACUUUCAUGCCAACAGCCCCCUAAAUCUGAACGAAGAACUGGAGAAACUGAGUGGUCAUUUCCAGCUGCUGUCAGUCCUGCCAGCAGCCACACGUUCCUCUCUGCUCCAGCUCCUCAAGACAACCAUGGAGGACAGAGAGGCAGUCAGUGUGCUGGAGAGUGUGCUGGAUCAGAUGUGUGAUGGUGAGACUCCUGACCUGGGUGAUCUGGAAGAGUCUGAGAGGGAAACAGUCCAGGCCGUACUGGAUCUUGUAGACCAAUGUGUUGGGAAGGAUGAGGACGAGAUCAGAUCCUCACUUCUCAGUGCCGUCCACCUCAUUGUCAGUGCCUUCGACGGAAUGACAGAUGUGGGUCUCUCUGUGUUGGGAUCGUGUUGCAGUCCUCCAGUCUUACAGGCCCUGCAGAUCCUGGUGCAUCAUGUGGCAGCAGGGAGUGGAGAGACCCUCUCUCUGAGAGAUGCAGGUCUGGCUGUUCUGACUGAGGAGGAGGUGUAUCAGAGGACAGAGAGUCUCUUUGGUCACUCUACAGUUACACUGAAGAGAGAGGAGGACACACUGAGGACAGAGAUGCAGGACCAGCCUGGAUACCUUCCUCUAGUCAUGAGUAUCACUGUGAAAGGCCUGGCCUCUUUAGUGUAAG